GCCCCCGCUCCCGACCCCGCGCCGCGGAGCGCCCAGCGUCUUGGGCUGCGGGUGGGCGGCCGCCGUGGUGGGCUCGCGGCUGCAGGCGUCCUCGGAGUGCGGCCCGGCUCCGCGCUGCCCCCGGGGCGGCUCAUGGGCAGAGUCGGCGCGGCCGGCUGGCACUAAACUGAAAAGAUGUCCUUGUACGAUGACCUAGGAGUGGAGACCAGUGACUCGAAAACAGAAGGCUGGUCCAAAAACUUCAAACUCCUGCAGUCUCAGCUUCAGGUGAAGAAGGCAGCUCUCACACAAGCAAAGAGCCAAAGGACGAAACAAAGUACAGUGCUUGCCCCAGUCAUUGACCUAAAGCGGGGCGGCUCCUCGGAUGAUCGACAGAUUGUGGACACACCUCCACAUGUAGCAGCUGGACUGAAGGACCCUGUUCCCAGUGGCUUUUCCGCAGGGGAAGUUCUGAUUCCUUUAGCUGAUGAAUAUGAUCCUAUGUUUCCUAAUGAUUACGAGAAAGUAGUGAAGCGCCAAAGAGAGGAACGACAGAGGCAGCGGGAGCUGGAAAGGCAGAAGGAAAUAGAAGAGAGGGAAAAGAGACGUAAAGAUAGACAUGAAGCUAGUGGGUUUUCAAGGAGACCUGACCCAGAUUCUGAUGAGGAUGAAGAUUAUGAGCGAGAAAGGAGGAAAAGAAGUAUGGGCGGAGCUGCCAUUGCCCCACCUACUUCUCUUGUAGAGAAAGACAAAGAGUUGCCCCGAGAUUUUCCGUAUGAAGAAGACUCCAGACCUCGAUCCCAGUCUUCCAAAGCCGCCAUUCCUCCCCCCGUGUACGAGGAGCAGGACAGACCGAGGUCUCCAACAGGGCCUAGCAACUCCUUCCUUGCUAAUAUGGGUGGCACAGUAGCACAUAAGAUCAUGCAGAAGUAUGGCUUCCGAGAAGGCCAGGGUCUGGGAAAGCAUGAGCAGGGGCUGAGUACCGCAUUGUCGGUGGAGAAGACCAGCAAGCGGGGCGGCAAGAUCAUUGUGGGUGAUGCCAUGGAGAAGGAUGCAUCGAAGAAGUCGGAUUCAAAUCCAUUAACUGAAAUACUUAAGUGUCCUACUAAAGUCGUCCUACUAAGGAACAUGGUUGGUGCAGGAGAGGUAGAUGAAGACUUGGAAGUUGAGACCAAGGAAGAAUGUGAAAAAUAUGGCAAAGUUGGAAAAUGUGUGAUAUUUGAAAUUCCCGGUGCUCCUGAUGAUGAAGCAGUACGGAUAUUUUUGGAAUUUGAGAGAGUUGAGUCUGCAAUUAAAGCUGUUGUUGAUCUGAAUGGGAGGUAUUUUGGUGGACGUGUGGUAAAAGCAUGCUUCUACAAUUUGGAUAAAUUUAGGGUGUUGGAUUUGGCAGAACAAGUUUGAUUUUACGACUCGAGCGCAGGUCAUCUCCAGGAUGACCACCGUCCAUUGAAUGAACUGCAGACUGAGCAGAGGAGAAGGAAUGACAGAGGCCUCCAUGGAUAGAGACUUGGAAGGACUUCCUAAGAUAUAUGUUGGUUAUCCCUUUUUUUAUUUUGUGGUUUUUUAAUAUAGCAUAAAAAUCCUUUAAAAAAAAAAACAACAAUCUGUGUGCCUCUCUGUUUCUCUUUUUUAUUUAUUAUUACUUCUGAGGUGAUCACUUUUUACCCAGAUUUCAUGAUAAUUCUCAAGCACUUUGAUGAUGCAGCAUAUCUUGCACUUAAAAUAAGUAGGGAGUUUGGGGAAGUGGGGUUGUAUUAAGUUAUCCUUUGUUUUUCUUUCUCUUCUCCCCUCUUUAAUAAAGCCUUCAAGUUAAUAAAGUAGCUUCAUAAAUUCUGUGAUAAAGUAUGACCUUGGCAGUCAGCCAAACAUAAAAAGGCCUGCUUUCUCGGAUAGAGAUUGCUUUUUAGUGACUCCAAUCAGAAAAAAUUCCACAGCCUGAAGUAAGACUGAAAAUUUGUGAACCUACUAUGACCUGUUUGGAUGAAUAAUUUGUCAUUAAGUUAAGUCAAACUGUGGGGUUUGUGGUGGAUUCACGGAACUUGUGGGUAGAGAAAUCAUGAAUCAUUUGUUUUCAGAGAUUCAGUUUAUUCUUUAGGGCAGAUAAGAACUGACAAGUUGACUCAGAGCCUGGCCAGUACAUUGAAAACGUGUGCCCGGUGAUGU